UGACUGGGAUGGGCCUCUUUGUACUAUUUGUUUUUCAGAGCCAAAAGAUACAAUGCUUAUGCCUUGUAAACAUGAUGGUAUAGGUGGUCGUUGUGCAAAAGCCUUGAGUUUAUGGUAAGUUGAAUGUGUUCUACAUAAGCUAAUUCUUCCCAGUCCUUUGUGUCGUGCAGAAAUUCAAGACCGAAUACUCUGUGAAGACAUAAAACAAUAAAAACUUGCUAUUGUACAACCCCUUCUUUUAUUUUAUUUUCCCAUGUUAUUGAAGCAUUCACUUUAUAUUAUUACUGGUGCUAAUCGAGGUUUUGGAAAGGCUAUUGCCGAAACCAUAGCAGCUAAGGCAAAAAACAAGACGACUGUUGUUUUAGUUGGACGCGAUGCUUCUCAACUUGAGCGUAUUCAACUCGACAACACCGAGAUCUCUUGUCAUAUCAUUGCUAACGUUAGUUUGGAAGGAGCUAAAGAAGCUCAAGAGACAGUGAUUGACAAAUUAGAUCAAUUACUCAAGAGUUGGAAAGAAACGGAUGUUGCGCCAAUUACAAACGCUUACUUGAUCAACAACGCUGGAUCAAUAGGUGAUUUAUCCAAAAAGAUCAGUGACUAUACUGUAUCCGAGAUCCAAGACUAUGUUAGUUUCAACAUUAGUUCUUAUGUUGCCUUGGUAUCUGGGUUCAUUCGAUUACUUAAUAAUGGUCUCAUUGAGUUGACCGUCGUCAAUAUUUCUUCAUUAUUGGCAGUCCAAGCAUUCUCUCAUUUUGGACUAUAUGCGACUGGUAAAUCAGCCCGUGAUAUGCUAUUGCAAGUAUUGGCCAAAGAAGAAGUAAGAAAGAAAAAAAAAGCUGUAGAGAUAUUUAUUCAAGAUUAGCCUUCUAUUCGUGCAUUGUCUUAUGCUCCUGGACCACUUGACAAUGAAAUGCAGCAACAUCUUCGCGAAACAGUCGGCGAUCCUGAACAACGUGAAUUAUACACAAAAGCUAAAAAAGAG